AUGCGCCUGCUCAGAGGCCUCGUACUAGGUCUGCUCCUCGAGAGAGGCCUCAGUCAGACAGAACCUCAGCCCGAAGGUGACAGUAUCACUACUGUUGCCGACCCUGCGGAGACAGAUCCCGCAGAUGUGCCUGCUCCUGACCCUAGUAACCCAUCUGAUGGCGAUACCCCAGACCCAGUGGAUGAUGGACCAACAGUCAUAGUAGAUGACCCUCAGCCCACUGACGGCGACGGAUCCGAUGCCAGAAUCCCCGCUCCAGAUCCCACCGAUGUCGAUGACCCCUCAGCCAAUCCUGAUGAUCCCGUCGAGACAAAUACAGACGAUGAACAGCUAGCUCCCACCGACCAGCCUGCCCCAACCGACACUGAACCCGCGCCUGCCCCAACAGACGUGGACGCUACUCAGACCGAUGAGGAAACUCCCCAAGAGACAGAUACCAAUGGUGAGGAAGCUACUGGUGAGACCGAUGCGGCACCCGUCGUUCCAACAGAAGCCUUGAGCUCCGCGGCCGAAGAGACACCAGAGGCAACCCCUCUGGCAUCCAACACCGCAGACGACCAAGUUCCACAGACGACCGAAGAGCCAUCGGCUGAAGAGACCGAAGAACCAACCGCUGACUCUGAACCAGAAGAGUCAACCCAGCAGGAGUCCAGAAACCUUGUGGCACCGACAAAGACUGAGAAUAGCGAUGCGAAGACGACUGAUGACGACGGUAAUUAUUACUAUGCUCCUAGUGCGACUGAGGGGGGUGAAGCAGAGGAGACGGGCGAUAGUGAACAGACCGCUGAUGGAACAACCCGCAAAGCUGCAGCUACAGGUAGUGGAGGCAAGGAGAAGACUACCCUUGCUACUUCCAAGGGCGCUGCGCCAACGUCACCUGCUCAGGACUAUGCGAUUGAUCUCAAAGAAGCUGAUCUGGGCGACUAUGCCCAGUUCCAAGGCGCAGGCGACAAAACUGUCGUCAUCCUCAAACCCCCUCCCAACGCCGAAGCAAAAUGCGAUCUCCCGCCCACAAGCGACGAAGACGUCCCCGAGGGCGAAGACGUACGCGUCGUGCUCUCUGUAAAGAUCGCAGACCUCAAGAAAGGCGUCAAGUCUGGUAACCGCUUACAAAUGCUCAUUGACGGUUCGACCAUCUAUGAUAAAGAGCUUUUGGGCACUGGGGAUGAAGAGGAGAGUAUUUCGAGUGACAAGUUCAAGGCUGCGCUGGAUCAGAAGGUCAAUGUUAUUCAUAAGGCCGGGGAUAAGCCGGUACAGGUUACGAUUCAGGAUGCGAAUAUCAGGAGUGCUAUUAGUGGAGGGAGUCGUGGGGGGAGCGGUGGUGGCUCUGGUGGUGGUAGUGGAGGUUCUGGGGAUGAUGGUGAUGACUCUGGUGAUAGCGGCUCUAGUGGUGGUGGCAGCGGAGGCGGUAGUGGAGGCGGCAGUGGCAGUGGAAGCGGAAGUGGCUCAGGCGAUGGCGACAGCUCAGGUGGAGGUGCUUCUGAGAGCGCCUCGGGCACCGGCGACGAGGGUUCAACACCAUCAAGUGUCUCCGGCAGCGACGGCCAGCCCAACGUUGCUGGCAAGAGCUUCAUGGUCAGUGAGAUCCUCAUGUAUGCCCUCCCUCUUGCCCUCGCUCUCGUGGGAUAG